AUGGAACACAAAAUACAACAGAGGGACAAAAACAGGCCCAGCUACUUUGGCAACGUCAAGACCAGGUCUGCAAUUUAACAGAUUUCUUGGCAAAAAAUGAGGAAAAGCACUGCUUAGACUUGUUGUGACGUUGUUUACUUAAUCCCAGAAUGUGUCAGCCUAUUCUUUUUUGUGUUGCUCUCCCUACAUGUUGUGUUGCUCUCCCUACAUGUUGUGUUGAGGUGAAGGGAGCGCAGCAGCACAAAGCAGUAGAACUUCAACACCUUCUUUGAUAUAGUCACUCUUGUGAAUUUACUUCUCGUUUGAAUAAAGGAACACAAACCGUAAAAGGGCAUUAUGUGGGCGAGAGGAGUGCAGGUGCUUGCCAGAAACAGCAACAGCCUAUAUAUCCCUAACUCCCACUAUCCUACAUGAAUCACAAAUGUGACUACCAAAAUAGCCAGGCAAAAUCAUAAAGAAUCAUAGAUGAUUGCCUCGGAUGGGUUAUCAACAAUUUCUACCCUUACAUGCUCAUAUACUGUAGAUGGAGUCAGAAGGCUUUCCUAACCAUAUUAUAUGGUAAACAAUAAACAUCCCAGUAGUUUUCGCUACCACCAGUAUCCCUCUGUUCUUUCUCCCCUCCAGACUGGGGCCCAAGCUCCCUGCUGGGGCCACCCAGCCCCCCAGGUUCAUUGCCGGACCCUUGGAGACAAGGCCUCAGACCAGCCCAACCAAGGAGGCCAGGGACAGCGGUCCGGGCCACCGUGCCGUGGGGCGUCCCCUUGACCACGUCCCCCACAUCCGGAACCCCAGACUGCGACAGUAUUACCUCCAAGGUGAGGUAUCUCUCAACAAGGUUAUGUAAAUAUCUCUGGUUUGUUUGCCUUAGUAGGGGCUUGGUAGCUGCAGUAGUUCCAUCUCCAAUUAUUCAUAUGGUAUUUAUAAAUGUGUUGUGUAUUUUCGUAACAAACCAUUCUAGAGCCUGACAGAUAACACACACAAGGGAAGGUUGGUAAGGAGAAUUCCUCUCUCUAGAUGUAGCAUUUAUUAAACUUUUGAGGAAUUGCAACACUGCAGCAAGGAAUGCUUGGGAACUUCUGACAGACAAAAUACCCGUUGACUCUAACAUAACAAAAUGUGGAAAGGGGUAUAAAUACUUUCUGAAGGCACUGUACCCAGAACCACAGAUCUGCCCCUGUCAAUGUUGACAUUUUUACAGAAGUACUUCAAACUCCUUAUUGGAUCAAAUUGAAAGCCUGCUGGAGGAGUGAUCUAGUUUGCUGACGCAUGACAUUGAGCCAAAGAUCUGACAUUUCAAUGUCGGUGUGUCAAAGACAACAGUGCUGCCUUGUUGCACACCUGAGGCUCUCAAAGAGAAAACUCAGUACCUUAAUAAACCUCAGAAACAUGUAUAAUGUAUUACAUGUACCUCAGAGAUCCACAAAGGAGCCCACACACAGGGCCAGAGGGAGUCGGGGGAGUUGUUUUGCAUGAAUUAAACUAUAAACAGUACCACAAACAACUAAGUCAGCAGCAGAAAGAAGAGAGUACUGGUGGAAAGAGUUGUCGCUUCUCAACAUGUUUUUACAUCUUGCCUUCAUAGAGGCUACAUGGGGAACGGAGGGAACCACAGCCAAGUCCACGGACAGAGAUCACCUGUCAGCUGACAAGGUAGACACUAUGAUGAGUCACAAUCUCAUGUAGACCUACUCCUAUGUCAAGGACCUUAAAGACCUGCUGCACCCUCACAUUUGAUAACCAAUACAGUGCAUAAUAUAUGGUAUUGAUAGAUUCUGAUAAUGAGUGUUAAAAGGUCAGACAAGCUGUAUUUCAGUGAAACAGUGGUCACAGAUCAGUCACAGAUAUUCCUUAUUUCAAUGGGUAUCCAAGGGUAUAUUCAGAGGCUCUAGAACAGUUAUAAUGGAAGGACAGUGUAUUGCAAAGUAUGUGUUGAAAAUAAAUGUUCGUAAUUAUAUCACAGGCAGAUGUAGACGCUUCUAUUACUGCAGCUUUCAAACGUUAUCAGAUCAAACGUUAUCAGAUCAUGUAUUUCGUAAAGGGGAAAUUGAAAUGUGGAACUACUGUAAAAAAAAACAGUAUUCAAAUAAUGCCAAACUGGUAGCCUGUAUCACAAUGGCUUGUUUAAAAAUGUUUUAACACACACACAAGCAAUUAGGCAUGUUCCCACCAGUCUAUAGUUCAAACACACACACCCUCUCAUACCCACACACACAUAGAGUAGCUGAGUGUGAAUAAUUACAUUUACAUUUUCGUCAUUUAGCAGACGCUCUUAUCCAGAGCGACUUACAAAUUGGUGCAUUCACCUUUAUGAUAGCCAGUGGGACAACCACUUUACACUUUUUUUUUUUUUUUUUGGGGGGGGGGUAGAAGGAUUACUUGAUCCUAUCCCAGGUAUUCCUUAAAGAGGUGGGGUUGCAAGUGUCUCCGGAAGGUGGUGAGUGACUCCGCUGUCCUGGCGUCGUGAGGGAGCUUGUUCCACCAUUGGGGUGCCAGAGCAGCGAACAGUUUUGACUGGGCUGAGCGGGAACUGUGCUUCCGCAGAGGUAGGGGAGCCAGCAGGCCAGAGGUGGAUAAACGCAAUGCCCUCGUUUGGGUGUAGGGACUGAUCAGAGCCUGAAGGUACGGAGGUGCCAUUCCCCUCACAGCUCCGUAGGCAAGCACCAUAGUCUUGUAGCAGAUGCGAGCUUCAACUGGAAGCCAGUGGAGUGUGCGGAGGAGCGGGGUGACGUGAGAGAACUUGGGAAGUUUGAACACCAGACUGGCUGCGGCGUUCUGGAUGAGUUGUAGGGGUUUAAUGGCACAGGCAGGGAGCCCAGCCAACAGCGAGUUGCAGUAAUCCAGACGGGAGAUGACAAGUGUCUGGAUUAGGACCUGUGUCGCUUCCUGUGUAAGGCAGGGUCGUACUCUGCGAAUGUUGUAGAGCAUGAACCUACAGGAUCGGGUCACCGCCUUGAUGUUAGCGGAGAACGACAGGGUGUUGUCCAGGGUCACGCCAAGGCUCUUUGCACUCUGGGUGGAGGACACAACGGAGUUGUCAACCGUGAUGGCGAGAUCAUGGAACAGGCAGUCCUUCCCCAGGAGGAAGAGCAGCUCCGUCUUGCAGAGGUUCAGCUUGAGGUGGUGAUCCGUCAUCCACACUGAUAUGUCUGCCAGACAUGCAGAGAUGCGAUUCGCCACCUGGUUAUCAGAAGGAGGAAAGGAGAAGAUUAAUUGUGUGUCGUCUGCGUAGCAAUGAUAGGAGAGGCCAUGUGAGGAUAUGACAGAGCCAAGUGACUUGGUGUAUAGCGAGAAUAGGAGAGGGCCUAGAACUGAGCCCUGGGGGACACCAGUGGUGAGAGCACGUGGUGCGGAGACAGAUUAUCGCCACGCCACCUGGUAGGAGCGACCUGUCAGGUAGGACGCAAUCCAAGAGUGAGCCGCGCCGGAGAUGCUCAACUCGGAGAGGGUGGAGAGGAGGAUCUGAUGGUUCACAGUGUCAAAGGCAGCAGAUAGGAGGACGAGAGCAGAGGAGAGAGAGUUAGCUUUAGCAGUGCGGAGAGCCUCCGUGACACAGAAGAGCAGUCUCAGUUGAAUGACCAGUUUUGAAACCUGGUAAUAAUGCCCGCAGACAUGGAGUCUCAAAAGUCAGGUUCAUGGACCUAAAUUACGUUCCCAUCUGUCAAUAGCUGAAUCCUGUGUUGUGUAGGAGCGGCUGGAGGGUUCACAUUAUAUUAUUGGGCUUGUCAGAGGGUUGUAGCGUCUCAAAUGAAGGGAAAAUAUUGUAAUUAUUUGGUCUGAUUUCUUUUAAUAUUGGAGUACUACCUGAAGUGGAUUUCUGCACUAUGUCUACUCACAGGCUGGCCAUGAAGACACUGUGUUCAGUGUCACCUCCAAGUGCAGUAGCCUGGCAGAUCAGACUAAGCUGAACAGGCAGCUCUCCACCUCCUUCAUCUCUUCCUCCCUCAUCUCCCGGCAGGUAAGAAAGAGACACCCUUAUCAGAUGCUACAUCCUGUACACAUGCAUGUAUGCGUAUCUUCCAGAGCCAACAUUUAUUGAUAUAUAUAUAUAUAUAUAUAUAUAUAUAUAAUGACUGGUAUCUUUUGUUUCUGCAUUCUGUACCUUCUCCUCACUCAACAUGUGACACCUUGAAAUGUCACAGGAAAACAAACGUGACACACUAUGCAUGGGGGCAUUGUCAUGCUGAAACAGGAAAGGGCCUUCCCCAAACUGCUGCCACAAAGUUAGAAGCACAGUAUCAGCCAGAAAGUCAUGGUAUGCUGUAGCGUUAAGAUUUCCCUUCACUGGAACUAAGGGGCUUAGCCCGAACCAUGAAAAACAGACCCAGACCAUUAUUUCUCCUCCACCAAACGUUACAGUUGGCACUAUGGAUUCGGGCAGGUAGUGUUCUCCUGGCAUCCGCCAAACCCAGAUUCAUCCGUCGGACUGCCAGAUGGUGAAGCGUGAUUCAUCACUCCAGAGAACGCGUUUCCACUGCUCCAGAGUCCAAUGGCGGUGAGCUUUACACCACUCCAGCCGACGCUUGGCAUUGCGCAUGGUGAUCUUAGGCUUGUAUACAGCUGCUCGGCCUUGGAAACCCAUUUCAUGACGCUCCCGACGAACAGUUCUUGUGCUGACGUUACUUCCAGAGGCAGUUUGGAACUUAGUGAAUGUUGCAACCGAGGACAGACGAUUUUUACGUGCUACACGCGUCAGCACUCGGCGGUCCUGUUCUGUGAUUUUGGGUGGCCUACCACUUUGCGGCUGAGCCUUUGUUGCUCCUAGACGUUUCCACUUCACAAUAACAGCACUUACAGUUGACCUGUUGGAAAGGUGGCAUCCUAUGACGGUGCCACGUUGAAAGUCACUGAGCUCUUCAGUAAGACCAUUCUACUGCCAACGUUUUUCUAUGGAGAUUUCAUGGCUGUGUACUCGAUUUGUCUACACCUGUCAGCAAAGGGUGUGGCUGAAAUAGCCGAAUCCACUAAUUUGAAGGGGUGUCCACAUACAUUUGUGUAUAUAUAGUAUGUUGUUUUGCUUGUACUUUCCACUAUGGAUUUGGCAUGCAAAGUGAGUGAAAGACUACGUAGUCGUCACCACAUGGUCUUCAGAGAACCUACAGGUAACUGGCAAAAAAAAGGAAACACCAAUAUAGUGUCUUAAUAGGGCGUUGGGCCACCAUUUAACUGCCAGAACAGCUUCAAUGCAUCUUGGAAUAGAUUAUUCACGUGUCUAACUAUUGGAGGGAUGUAACUCCAUUCUUCCACAAGGAAUUCCAUAAUUUGGUGUUUAGUUGAUGGUGGUGGAAAACGUUGUCUCAGGCGCCGCUCCAGAAUCAUCCAUAAGUGUUAAAUUGGGUUGAGAUCUGGUGACUGACACACACACACCUAUGCUCCUUUGAGACCCCUCUUUCAAAGUCACUGAGAUCUCUUUUGGCCAUGGUAGCCAAAAUAAUGGCCAACUCUGCAUUUUUAUACAUGGCUCUCAGCAUGAUACGAUGUUAAUUGAUUAAUUAACUCUGGGACCACACCUGUGUGGAAGCACCUGCUUUCAAUAUACUUUGUAUCCCUCAUUUACUCAAGUGUUUCCUUAAUUUGAGCAGUUACCUGUAUUUUGCAUUGUUACCAAAUCAAUCCUCCACCCCUCCACUCCAGUAGGCUACAGAUAAGACCACAGUAAAGCAGAUGUAGAGUUCACAGUACAUUAGAAAGAGGAAGUGGGAGGUCUUGAACUGGGCAGAGUUUUAUUUACAGCAGCGCACAAAUAUGUGUUGUGAUGUUUCUCCGCACUUUCAUUUCGAAGAACCUCCGCGUUCCCAAGAGUAAAGGCUUUGACCAAGGCUCAUCUCCCGCGGUGAUGCACCUUGACCCCAACCUCAGGCUGGAGCCAGAGUUGGACACUGACCUGGGGCUCGGGCUUUUUCCGGCCCCAUCUGCCAGCCCUCACUCCCCAUCACCAGAUGCAGAGUAUGACAAACUACUGGUAAGGACAAUGUGAAUGCAUUUAUUCCACAAAUCAUACAGAAGAGGAAGUACAUUUGACAAUGUUUUUACAUUAUUUAACCAUGAUUAUCUGGCUCCUGUCAGGCCUUUAAUGGAGUGUGUUCUUGCUUUUACCGGUGGUAGAGUUGACUGUUCUUGUCAGGAGAGGCCAAAAUAGCUUAAAUUAAGCUUAAAUUGUUCAAAAGAAUAAGAGCCAAUGCAGGACUGGAAAAACGUAGCAAACUCGCUAAUGGCAAUGAUUGAUUGUUUCUGUGAGAACUGUUCUUUUCAAACCUGCUUAGUCAGCUCUGUGUAUAUAAAGCACUGUUUUAACGAGUGGCUAAUGCCUGCUUUAGACACUAGUAAGUCAAGGGGAGAAGUGCAUAUUACUGGGCUACGGCUGUGUUUUGAUUCUCCCAGGAUGUGGAGGCAGUGCCAAUGCCUGACGGACAGCGCUGCCUACUGGCCCUCCCUCCCGAGUGCUCCCAAGGUGAAGGGCAAGCCGCCAUGCCGUAUCUCAAAUUGUUCUGCCGCUACAUCACUGACCGCAAGGUGGGUGGAGACUAGCGCCGCUCUCGUUCACCUCUCACGCACCUCGCUCUCGCACUUCUUGCUCACCCCUCUCUCACCACCCGCUUACCUUUCUCACCUCUCUCUCUCUCUCUCUAUAUAUAUAUAUAUCUAUCUAGGGUGUGGUUUCUGGAAUCUUGCUAGUGACGUCCAAUAAGAUCUUCUUUGACCCGUGUAAGACCCACCCGUUGGUAAUGGAGCACGGCUGUGAGGAGUACCUGCUGUCCUGCUCAGUGGACAGCCUGGCCUCGGUCUCCUUCUACUCGGACAUCUCCCACGUGCACUUCAACUCCUCCACACACAGGUCAGCAUUGAAUGACUGUGCACGAUUGAGACACACAGAUUCGGUGCAGCUCUGCACAGAUCAACAUACUGUGUCUUCACAUUGCCUGGAAGGUGUUUAACCUAUGAGGUCACUAAAAUAAUCCUAUAUUCUGGGCAGACCUGUCAAAUCGGUGUAUCUCGAAUACGUACUAUGACUGGAUCAGUGUGGGUGAGUCUGACAUAUCCACAGGUAGCAACAGUGACCUUAAAUACUGUAUGUUCUCUGUGAUAUCUAGCAGUGCAAAUGGAGUAUAGCCAAUUAAAUUGGUCCAAGGAUUUCUAUGGUAUAAAAUUUUAUUUGUCACAUACACGUGUUUAGCAGAUGUUAUAGCGGGUGUAGCGAAAUGCUUAUGCUUCUAGCUCCGACAGUGCAGUAAUAUCUAACAAUUGCACAACAUAUACACACAAAUCUAAGUAAGGAAUGGGAUUUAAGAAUAUGUACAUAUAUGGACAAGCAAUGACAGAGCGGCAUGGACUAAGAGACAGAAGAAUAUUAUAGAAUGCAGUAUAUACAUAUGAGAUGAGUAGUGCAACAUAUGUAAACAUUAUUAAAGUGACUAGUGUUCCAUUUCUUAAAGUGGCCAGUGAUUUCAAUAGGCAGCAGUAGCCUCUAAUGUGCUAGUGAUGGUUAUUUAACAGUCUGAUGGCCUUGAGAUAGAAGCUGUUUUUCAUUCUCUCGGUCCCAGCUUUGAUGCACCUGUACUGACCUCGCCUUCUGGAUGAUAGCGGGGUGAACAGGCAGUGGCUCGGGUGGUUGAUGUCCUUGAUGAUCUUUUUGGCCUUCCUGUGACAUCGGGUGCUGUAUGUGUCUUGGAGGGCGGGUAGUUUGCCCCCGAUAAUGCGUUCGGCAGACCGCACCACCCUCUGGAGAGCCCUGCGGUUGUGGGCGGUGCAGUUGCCGUACCAGGCGGUGAUUCAGCCCGACAGGAUGCUCUCAAUUGUGCAUCUGUAAAAGUUUGAGGGUUUUAGGUGAUAAGCCACAUUUCUUCAGCCUCCUGAGGUUGAAGAGGUUCUGUUGCGCCUUCUUCACCACACUGUCUGCGUGGGUGGACCAUUUCAGUUUGUCGGUGAUGUGUACGCCAAGGAACUUGAAGCUUUCCAUCUUCUCCACUGCGGUCCCGUCGAUGUGGAUAGGGGGGUGCAUCCUCUGCUGUUUCCUGAAGUCCACGAUCAUCUCCUUUGUUUUGUUGAUGUUGAGUGAGAGGUUAUUUUCCUGGUACCACACUCCCAGAGCCCUCACCUCCUCCCCUGUAGGCGGUCUCGUCAUUGUUGGUAAUCAAGCAUACUACUAUUGUGUCGUCUGCAAACUUGAUGAUUGAGUUGGAGGCGUGCUUGGCCACGCAGUCAUGGGUGAACAGGGAGUACAGGAGGGGGCUGAGCACGCACCCUUGUGGGGCCCCAGUGUUGAGGAUCAGCGAAGUGGAGAUGUUGUUUCCUACCUUCACCACCUGCGGGCGGCCCGUCAGGAAGUCCAGGACCCAGUUGCACAGGGCGGGGUUCAGACCCUCGAGCUUAAUGAUGAGCUUGGAGGGUACUAUGGUGUUGAAUGCUGAGCUAUAGUCAAUGAACAGCAUUCUUACAUAGGUAUUCCUCUUGUCCAGAUGGGAUAGGGCAGUGUGAUGGCAAUUGCAUCGUCUUUGGAUCUAUUGGUGCGGUAAGUAAAUUGAAGUGGGUCUAGGGUGACAGGUAAGGUAGAGGUGAAAUGAUCCUUGACUAGUCUCUCAAAGCACUUCAUGAUGACAGAGGUGAGUGCUACAGGGCGAUAGUCAUUUAGUUCAGUUACCUUUGCUUUCUUGGGUACUGGAACAAUGGUAGCCAUCUUGAAGCAUGUGGGAACAGCAGACUGGGAAAGGGAGAGAUUGAAUAUGUCCAUGAACAUGUGUUUAGCUUGUCUGGAAGCGAGACGUCGGUGUCGGCAACGUGGCUGGUUUUCUUUUUGUAGUCCGUGAUUGUCUGUAGACCCUGCCACAUACGUCUCGUGUCUGAGCCGUUGAAUUGCGACUCCACUUUGUCUAAAUACAGAUGUUUUGGCAGUUUAAUUGCCUUGCGGAGUGAGUAGCUACACUGUUUGUAUUCUGCCAUAUUCCCAGUCACCUUGCCGUGGUUGAAUGCGGUAGUUCGCGCUUUCAGAAUUGCGCGAAUGCUGCCGUCUAUCCACGGUUUCUGGUUAGGGUAGGUUUUAAUAGUCACAGUGGGCACAACAUCACCUAUACACUUCCUGAUAAACUCUGUCACUGUUUCAGUGUAUAUGUCUAAAUUAUUUUCGGAAGCUACCCAGAACAUAUCCCAGUCCGCGUGAUCAAAACAAUCUUGAAGCAUGGAUUCCGAUUGGUCAGACCAGCGUUGAAUAGUCCUUAGCACGGGUACUUCCUGUUUUGAGUUUCUGCCUAUAGGAAGGGAGAAGCAAAAUGGAGUCGUGGUCAGAUUUGCUGAAAGGAGGGCGGGGGAGGGCCUUAUAACCAUCCCGGAAGUUUGAAUAGCAAUGGUCGAGGAUUUUAGCAGUGCGAGUACAACAGUCGAUAUGUUGAUAGAACUUCGGCAGCCUAGUCCUCAAACUUGCUUUGUUAAAAUCCCCGGCUAAAAUAAAUGCAGCCUCAGAAUAUGUGGUUUCCAGUUUGCAUAAGGUCCAGUGAAGUUCUUUGAGGGCCGUCGUGGUAUCGGCUUGAGGGGGGAUAUACACGGCCGUGACUAUAACCGAAGAGAAUUCUCUUAGGAGAUAAUACGGUCGGCAUUUGAUUGUGAAAAAUUCUAGGUCGGGUGAACAGAAGGACUCGAGUUCCUCUGUUACUACAAUUACACCACGAGUCGUUAAUCAUGAAACAUACACCUCCGCCCUUCUGCUUCCCGGAGAGAUAUUUAUGUCUGCGCGAUGAACUGAGAACCCAUCUGGCUGGACCGAUUUCGACAGAAUAUCCCAAGAGAGCCAUGUUUCCGUGAAACAGAGUAUGUUACAGGCCUUGAUGUCUCUCUGGAAAUAAAUCCUUGCCCGUAGUUCGUCGACUUUGUUAACCUAAGAUUGAAGAUUAGCGAGUAGAAUACUUGGAAGCGGUGGGUGGUGUGCGCGCCUCCUAAGUCGAACCAGCAGGCCGCUCCGAGUGCCUCUCCUCCGCCGGCAAUGUUUUGGGUCAGCCGCUGGAAUCAGUUCAGUUGCCCUGGGGAGAGCAAACAAAGGAUCUGCUUCGGGAAAGUCGUAUUCCUGGUCGUAAUGCUGGUGAGUUACCGCCGCUCUGAUAUCCAAUAGUUUUUCCUGGCUGUAUGUAAUGACGCAAAACACUUUCUGAGCUAAUAAUGUAAAAAAUAAUACAUAAAAAAAACAAAAUACUGCAAAGUUUCCUAAGAGCUAGUCGCGAGGCCGCCAUCUUCGUCGGCGCCAGGACCACCAUCAAGGAGCGUUUGCCGGGUUACAUAUUGCAGAACAUGCAACAUACAUAGGGGGUUGUUUUUCUGUAACUAGGUGGAAAGGAACUAAAAAGACACAGAAAACUGGCUCCAAAACUGGCAAGACGCUUCAGCAGGGUGGGAGGCGAAGCAGCAGGAGCCCACAACACAAGGGGGAGACUAUCCCAGCGCUGGUCUCUGCUGCUACGUCGGAGCUGAGGUCUGCCCUGGCUCUGAGCCUGGUCCAGGGGGUCGCUGAGGAGGAGAGUAGCAGUGACAUGACUGAGGCAGAGAAGCAGCUGGAGGGGAACGGGAGUCCACUGGAAGAGCUGGUUGUGCAGUCAUCCGGGGCUCUGGGAGUGGCUGUGCUGAGCAGUGCUGCCACCUUCUGUUGUGGAGGACAAGAGGCAGCAGGGACGGGGAAUCUAGUGAGAAUGGAGCUGGUGGACAGAGAGGGGACGGAGAAGGAGCAGUCUGUGAGGAAUCGGACGCCAGGUAAGGAAAGGAAUCAAGUCGAUAGGUUUAUCUCAUUGUUUUAUCCCAAGCAGCACUGUGUGGUUUAGGUCUGCUUGAUAAGUUUGUAGGAAGAUUGUAUCAUAACAAAUGCUUCCCACUCAGUCUCUUUUUCUUUCUGUGUUUUGCUAUCCCCUCACUCUUUUUCUCCAUCCUCCCCCCUCUCCCCUUUUCUUUCUCUCCCCUUUUCCCACUCUCGCCCUCUUUCCCCCCUCCCUCUCUUUCUUCCUCCCCCCCUACUUCUCUCCCUCUUCUCCAGGCCCCUCUAGACCUUCUUCAGGGACUUUUGGAUGUCUCAUGUUCGUCAGGCUGCGGCUCCAGCGGUCCGCUGGGAAGAAGGGUUUGGCUGCAGGCCUGCAGCUGGGGACAACCAAAACCUUGCCCCGGUGGGAUGCCUGGUUCGCCUUCUCCCAGGAGAGGUAACAGUCUGCAGUCUGGAGCCACAGAAAGACUGUUUUAGUUUAGCAUUUACACUCCACUUACAUUCUGUGAACAUUAGCACCUCACACUGACAAUGUCUAACAUUAUUAUUAUUAUUAUUAUUAUUAUUAUUAUUAUUAUUAAUAAUAAUAAUAAUAAUAAUAAUAAUAUGCCAUUUAGCAGACGCUUUUAUCCAAAGCGACUUAGUCAUGCGUGCAUACAUUUUUACGUAUGGGUGGUCCCGGGGUUCGAACCCACUACCCUGGCGUUACAAGCGCCAUGCUCUACCAAUUGAGCUACAGAGGACCACAUUAACAUAAUGUUUACAUGUCUUGUGCAGCAAUUUCAAUGACCUCCCUUGCUGAGGAAUAUAGAGACUUCAAGUUCAAAGACAUUUCUCACUAGAAGUAAGUCAAAGGUCUUUAACACUAAAUCUUUCUGCUCUCAUGGUCUUGUCUGUAGCUCAGACGAGCUCUACGCCUAUCUGAGCCACUGGAGGCCAGACCUGCGCAUACUGGAGGGAGGGUCGGAGGAGGAGGAGGAGGAGGAGGAGGGGGAGGGCGACAAAGACGAGUUUGUACUGGUCGACGACAGAGAAGAGGAGGAAGAGGUGUCCAAGAACCACGGACGGACUGGGGAGGACUGGGAGGUAAGUUUGUAUAUUAAUGUCAUUGAGGAGAGUCCUAAAGAAAGUCUAUAGUGGCUGACAACAAAAAUGGCUAUUUCUAUUUACUUUGACUAGAGAGUCAGUGGUGACAAUGCAUCUUGUGCACAUCUUGCCCUGGGGAAGUUUGAGCAACUGUUUGAAAGUUUGAGCAGUGUUUAGGUGGGGUGGGGUCCGUGGUUGUUGUUUGAGUGUGACGUGUGUGUCAAGUUUGAGUGAGAGUGUGAUGUUAAUGGGUUUAUAACUAGGUUGUGUGUCUUGUCUUGCAGAUGGUGUCAGUGGAGGACGGUGGUGGGAGACUACCUCUGGUCAUGGACAAAGAUCCAGAGGGACUGUGUGAGAUCGUAGAGCAGAGUCGCAUCUUGGAUGCAACGCUUGUCAGAGAGGUGAGCACCCAACCAUAGACACAUGCAUGUCAGGUCUUCACAAAACACUGUCUGAUCUAAUCACACAUGCACAAAUUCACAAUGGAAGAUUGUUCUCAUCCAUUCUUGGAUAAGAAAGAGAGAUAAUGACUUCAUUAAUCCCCAAGGGGAAAUUAAUUAAAGCCUCUCAUGACAUGUCACUGGCCAGCACCACACAUAUAGAAGAAAUUGCACACAUUCCUUUUCUUGCCUCUAGUUCCACAAAUGCAUUACAAGUUCAGCAUUCAUUGACUGGUCUGGGGUUAAAGAUAAAUCCAGAGUCUGCGACUAAACCUGACUUUUCUGCUUCUGCCUCAGUCUCCCUCAAGCAGCAUUGGUCUUCAGUCAUACACACAGUGCCAUUCAUAACUGAACCUUCGUGCUGAGUAGAUUACUGACAAUUCGCAAAACCCCUACUAUGGAUGUAUAAGGUAGAACGCUGGUAGUGAACUCCUGUGGAGAGAUUUAAGCAGAGCAGUGCUGUGAGCACUUUGAACCAAUACAUUAGCUAUGGAGCCCUGCAGGUCAGCUCUUCAAGUGUUUCAUUAUGUCCAGGCUCAUUCACUUGUUGGAUACCAAUUAUUUCCCUUUUCUUUAACUAAUCUUUUCCUCUGUUGAGCUAAUCUUAAUCUUUUAAUAAGUAUCUAUUCUCUUUGUGCCCCUUCUCUCCAACCCUCACACAACUCUUUCUCCUUCUCAAUCCUUCCCUCUCUCUCCAGCUCUCAGCCGAGUUGCCUCCCAGGACAGUGGGCCACAUGUGGCAUCUGGCCUACAGCACGUCUCUUCACGGCUCCAGCCUCAAGUCCCUCUACCGGAAGCUGAACGGCAGCGACUCGCCUGUACUCAUGGUCAUUAAGGACUCGCUCAAUCAGGUGACCUUUUUAUGUACUCAGAUUUGUUUUAUUUAAAAGUUACAAACAACUCCCCAAUGUUCCAUGCACCACCCUCAACAUUUUUGACUAUCUAUCUGCUUUAGAGAUUAAACACAGAAGCACGUACCAUAGACCACAUGCUUUUCAUGGCAUAUGCACUAUUGACUUCAGACACUCAACUGUUCCAGAGACUAUGGUGGGGUUGCCAGGGGUCACGAGUUCAUUGUGGACUUAUGGUUACCUAUGAAGACCCUCAUUGUAUGAGUUCGGUCUUGUUUGGUUACCAGAGGGUUGUGUUUUUGUUUCUCUGUGCCCCAGGUGUUUGGGAGCUUUCUCUCUCACCCACUGAGGCCGAGCGAGACCUUCUACGGCACAGGAGAGACAUUUCUCUUCAUGCUGCAUCCUCGAUUCAAGGUCAGACAUGACACGCACUAUGAUGCAUACACUACACUUACACAACCAUUGCCAAACAAUUCUCUCCUACAUGUUCUAAUCUGAAAUGUGGCUUUUUAAGGUAUCGGCACAGGAUUGUUGUGAAAAGUGAAAAGACAAUACUGUUGUGUUGCAAAUCUUGCUGAUGUAAUAGGGCAUGAGUUUCCAUAGCAACCAAAUUACUAUUCACAUAAAGGUCUCUACCAACAUUUACAUUUUAGUCAUUUAGCAGACGCUCUUAUCCAGAGCGACAUACAAUUAGUGAGUGCAUACAUUUUCAUACUGCUCCCCCGUGGGAAUCGAACCCACAACCCUGGUGUUGAAAGCGCCAUGCUCUACUAACUGAGCUACACGGGACAACAACAUCACAUGAUCGAUUUUAAUACAUGACUGGAUUAUGAAAGGUCACUCGUUGCUAUUAAUCAAGAGGUUGGUGGCACCUUAAUUGGGGAGGACGGGCUCAUGAUAAUGGCUGGAGGCGAAUAAGUGGAAUGGUAUCAAAUACAAUUCCAUUAAUGCCGUUCCAGUCAUUAUUAUGAGCCGUCCUCCCCUCAGCAGCCUCCUGUACUAUCAGUAGUGUACUGUAUAUGCAGAGUAUUACAAAGGGCAAGUUCAUUGGUCUGCAAUUCACCUGGUCUGCAAUGUGAAAAGGGCUGUCAGAGAAGUAAUGCAUUAAUCAGAUAGGAACCUGAGGUACCCCUGUGUUGGUGUCCUUGACUGACUCUGCCCUUGUCACCUCCCACAGUGUUUCAGAUGGACCGGAGAAAACUCCUUCUUCAUAAAGGGAGACCUGGACUCUUUUGCUAUCGGAGGAGGAAGGUAGGGCCACUCCCAGUCAUACAAAUGUGUUACGUUAUGGUUUUCUUGAUGCUGAUGUUAUUUCUGUUUGCUUGACACUUAGUCUGUUGCUUUGUGGUACAGUAUGUGUCAAUAUGUUUAGGAGAACACAUUACUUUACUCUAAAACAAUUAACUGAGUUUCUCUCUCUCUUUCUCUUCCGCAGUGGUCACUUUGGCCUGUGGCUAGAUGAGACUCUGUACCUGGGCAGGAGUAGCCCAUGUUACACCUUCAACAACUGCUGCCUCUCGGAAAGAGACGACUUCCACGUCAUAGACCUGGAGGUGUGGACGUUCUGGUGA